AUGGCUGCCACGACUCCCCAGGGCUCUGUCCGCCAGAGAAAUGUCGGCGGUUCGAGCAAGAAGAAUAAGGAUGGCAUCUCUGCGGCGUCUUCGGACGUCGAGCUUGACAAGAUUGUCAAGGCCGCCCGAACCCUAGCCUCUGCUGCUGGUUCUGAAUACGACUACAAGAUCGUCGGCGUCAUCAUCACAGCCCUGGCCUUCCUCACCAGGUUCUGGGGCAUCAGCCAUCCAAACGAGGUUGUCUUUGACGAAGUUCACUUUGGCAAGUUCGCCUCCUAUUAUCUCCAGAAGACGUACUUCUUCGACGUACAUCCUCCUUUCGGGAAGCUCCUCUUUGCCUUCAUGGGAUGGCUAGUAGGCUACGAUGGCCACUUCCACUUCGAGAAUAUCGGCGACUCGUACAUCGCGAAUAAGGUCCCCUACGUCGCCUUCCGCUCUCUCCCGGCCAUCCUCGGCGCCCUGACCGUCUCCGUUGUCUAUCUUAUUAUGUGGGAGUCGGGCUAUAGCCUUCCUGCCUGCAUCGUCGCCGCCGGCCUAAUCCUCCUCGACAACGCCCACAUCGGACAGACCCGGCUGAUCCUUCUUGAUGCGACCCUCGUCUUCGCCAUGGCCUGCAGCUUGCUUUGCUACAUCAAGUUUUACAAGCUCCGCCACGAGCCUUUCUCGCGGAAGUGGUGGAAGUGGCUUAUCCUCACUGGCUUCGCCCUUUCGUGUGACAUGUCGACAAAAUACGUCGGCCUCUUCGCCUUCAUUACUAUUGGGUCGGCUGUUGCCAUUGACCUCUGGGAGCUUUUGGACAUCAAGAGACCGGGAGGGACGCUGUCGCUGCCCGAUUUUAGCAAGCAUUUCGCUGCUCGAGCUUUCGGCUUGAUCUUGAUGCCCUUCCUGUUCUACCUCUUCUGGUUCCAGGUCCAUUUUUCCAUCCUGACCCGCUCUGGCCCCGGAGACGAUUUCAUGACUCCCGAGUUCCAGGAGACUCUGAGCGAUAACGUAAUGCUCUCAAACGCUAUCACGAUCAACUACUAUGAUUCCAUCACCUUGAAACACAAGGAGACCAAGGCAUACCUGCAUAGCCACGCUGAACGCUACCCCCUGAGAUACGACGAUGGCCGUGUUUCCAGUCAGGGUCAGCAGGUUACUGGCUAUCCGUUCAACGACACCAACAACUAUUGGCAAAUUCUCCCCGUUCAAGUCGACCAAAAGGUUGACCAUCCUGUCAAGAACCACGAACUUGUCCGGCUGCGCCAUCUAGUGACUGACACGUACCUGCUGUCUCACGAUGUCGCAUCCCCGUACUAUCCGACCAACCAGGAAUUCACGACCGUCCCCCAGGCGGAUGCGUAUGGUGACCGUGUUGCAGACACCCUCUUUGAGAUCAGGAUUGAGAAUGGCAAGCCCAACCAGGAGUUCAAGACCAUUUCAAGCCAUUUCAAACUCAUCCACAACCCCAGCAAAGUAGCCAUGUGGACACAUACGACGCCUCUUCCAGACUGGGGCCAUAAACAGCAGGAGAUCAACGGAAACAAGCAGAUUGCGCCGAGCUCCAAUGUCUGGCUUAUUGAGGACAUCCCGUCAAUCCCUGCAGACCACCCCCGCCGUGCCAAGCCCGAAAAGGAGGUCAAGACGCUGCCGUUCCUCCGGAAGUGGUUUGAGUUGCAGCGUUCCAUGUUCUGGCACAAUAACCAGUUGACCAGCAGCCACCCUUAUGCUUCAUUGCCAUUCCAAUGGCCGUUCCUUCUUCGCGGUGUGAGCUUCUGGACACAGAACGACACGCGGCAGCAGAUCUACUUCCUUGGUAACCCCAUUGGUUGGUGGAUUGCUAGCAGUGUUCUGGCUAUAUACGCUGGUAUUGUCCUCGCAGACCAGUUCUCCCUGCGUCGUGGCAUUGAUGCCUUGGAUCACCGCUCUCGCUCUCGUUUGUACAACUCCACUGGUUUCUUUUUCCUGGCUUGGGCGACACAUUAUUUCCCUUUCUAUGUUAUGGGCCGCCAGCUGUUCUUGCACCACUACCUCCCUGCGCACCUGGCAUCGACCCUCGUGACAGGAGCACUUGUCGAGUUCAUCUUCAGCGCCGACUCUACAGACCUCGAGCUGGCACACCAGGCAGCCAAAUCGGGCAAGAAGGGCUUCGCGAUCAAGCGUCAUGUAACAGCUCGCGAGCGUUUUGCCGGCCAGAGCAUGAUGGGUGCAUGGAUCGCGACCUUUGCCAUUUUGGCACUCGCGUUUGCCGGCUGGUACUUCUUCCUGCCGUUGACGUACGGAUACCCUGGCCUCACGGUUGAGCAAGUAGUGCGGAGGAAGUGGCUGGGCUAUGACUUGCACUUCGCGAAAUAA